AUGGAGCACAAACAAGGAAAUCCAUGGCCGCUGCUGAACACGAACGCAGAUUCGAGCUCGAAAAUGAAUGCUUCAGAUCCGCUCAUACUCCAUGGCUCAGAUAAUCCUGGUAUGAUGUUAGUAUCGCAUCAAUUGACUGGAAAUAACUUUUUACCAUGGAGGAAGUCUAUGAUUAUCGCAUUAGGAGCUAAGAAUAAACUUGGAUUUGUAACCGGUGAAGUGCCUAAACCUAGUUUUGAUGAUGAGUCUUAUGCUGAUUGGAGAAAGAUUGAUUGGAUGGUUUUGUCGUGGAUUUUGAACUCACUGUCUAAGGAAAUUGCUGAAACAUUCAUAUCUGCUGAGAGUUCUAAGGAGUUAUGGGAAGAAAUAGGGCAAAGAUAUGGUGAGAAUAAUGGUCCAUUGAAAUAUAAAUUGCAGAGGGAAAUUAAUACCUUAACUCAAGGGAACAACACGGCUAUGGAAUACUUUGGGAAACUUAAGAAGCUUUGGGAUGAACUAGCUUGUGUUGGGCCUGUGCAAAGUUGUAAUUGUGAAAAAGGCAAAUUGGCAGCUCAGCAUGAGCAUGAUACAAAGCUCAUACAGUUCUUUAUGGGGCUCAAUGAUAGCUAUGAGAAUCUCAAGGGUCAGAUCAUGAUGAUGGAGCCUCUACCUACUAUAAAUAAAGCAUAUUCUAUGGUUCUAAGUGCAGAAAGGCAAAGGAAUGUGCAAAAUUUAUAUGGUGAAACAGGUGCCAUGAUGGCUAGGACAUGA